CUCAGGGCACCCCGGCAUUCGUCACAUUCGUUACUGCUGGGUACCCCACUCGAGAUGACACAGUGCCCAUCCUGCUCGCCAUGCAGAAGGGAGGGGCGGACGUAAUCGAAAUUGGCGUCCCCUUCUCCGAUCCGAUUGCUGACGGCCCGGUCAUCCAAGAAACGAACACUAUCGCAUUAACAAAUGACAUGGACUAUGCAACUGUUCUGGGGAUGGUCCGCGAAGCAAGGAGCAAGGGCCUCACAGCACCGGUGGUGCUAAUGGGGUACUACAACCCCCUCCUUGCUUACGGAGAAGACAAAUCCAUUCAGGAUGCCGCGGAAGCUGGUGCGAAUGGAUUCAUCAUGGUCGAUCUCCCUCCGGAGGAGGCCGUCGCCUUCAGAGACAAAUGCGUCAAAUCUAGUCUAUCCUACAUUCCUCUAGUGGCGCCCUCGACGACAAUCGGCCGAGUCCAAUUCCUCUCCUCGAUAGCCGACACCUUCAUCUACAUUGUUUCAAAGAUGGGCACCACGGGCUCGUCCGACAAUGUUGGAAUGAACGCGGCGCUUCCGGACAUUAUCGCACGCGUCCGCCAAUUCGCGACCGUUCCGCUCGCCGUCGGUUUCGGUGUCGCGAACCGAAGCCACUUUGAUACCGUGGCUGACGCAGGGGCCGACGGUGUCGUCAUCGGGAGUCGCGUUGUGAACAUCAUCAAGGGUGCACCUGCCGGCCAAGUGGCGUCAGCGGUUGAAGCGUAUUGCCGCGAGAUCAGUCAGCCCGGAGCACCUGCCCGUGUCCGUUCUCCACCUGUGACGACGCCGUCAGCUGCUGCUGCUGCCCAGCCUGCUGAAGUCAAGGCCGCGACGCAAUUGAAAGAGCUGCCGGCGCGGUUCGGGCAAUUUGGUGGCCAAUAUGUGCCCGAAGCGCUUGUGGACUGCCUUAUCGAGUUGGAGGAGGCCCACAAAACUGCAGUGGCCGACCCAGAGUUCUGGAAAGAAUUCCAAAGCCAUUUCGGCUACAUGAACCGCCCCUCGCAGCUGUAUCUGGCGGAAAAUCUGACGAAGGACGCUGGUGGAGCCAAGGUCUGGCUCAAGCGGGAAGACUUGUAGGUCGCCCAUCACUCUCCAUUCUCCUUGGCGCCAACCGUUUCGACGCAGGAACCACACUGGCUCGCACAAGAUCAACAACGCCAUUGGCCAGAUCUUGCUAGCACGCAGGAUAGGUAAAACACGGAUCAUCGCCGAGACUGGUGCCGGGCAACACGGCGUCGCGACUGCGACGGUCUGUGCCAAAUUCGGCAUGGAGUGUGUGAUCUACAUGGGUGCAGAGGAUGUGCGAAGGCAGGCGCUGAACGUCUUCCGUAUCGAGAUGCUGGGUGCCAAGGUCGUGCCGGUGCAUUCUGGAUCGUGCACACUGAAGGAUGCUGUCAAUGAGGCAUUCAGAGACUGGGUCACCAAUCUGUCCAACACAUACUAUCUCGUCGGAUCCUGCAUCGGACCUCAUCCAUUCCCAACAAUCGUCCGCGACUACCAGAAGGUCAUUGGCGAAGAGAUCAAGCAGCAGAUGAAGGCUUUGCGGGGAAAGCUUCCAGAUGCCGUCGUCGCCUGCGUCGGUGGCGGAAGCAAUGCCAUCGGGACAUUCUACGAUUUUAUCGAAGACAAGUCCGUGAGGAUGCUUGGUGUCGAGGCCGGUGGCGAAGGUAUCGAUGGUGUCCGCCACAGCGCCACCCUUUCUGCUGGACAGCCCGGUGUCCUGCACGGCGUGCGGACCUACGUGCUGCAGUCGCCCACCGGUCAGAUCAUCGAGACCCACUCCAUCAGUGCUGGCCUUGACUAUCCCGGUGUCGGACCUGAACAUGCUUGGCUGAAGGACUCCGGCCGGGCUGAGUAUGUUGCGGCCACAGACGAGGAGGCUCUACGUGGCUUCAGAAUGCUGACGCAGCGGGAGGGCAUCAUUCCCG